CCCUCCCCCUUCCCGCCCAGCCCUGGUCCGUCCCUGGGCCCAUGCACCCGCUUCAACGGCGCCUCUUCACUCUCUUGCCGUCUCACUCAUUUGCGCCUCCGCCUGUCAUUCCGGGGUUCAGUCCCUUCGCUCGUUUCUCUAGGCUUCUUCCUUUUCCCCCUUUCCCACCACGUCUGUACACGUCAAGACGUUGCCGCCAGCUCUCCCGCGACAGAUUGUUAUCCGCUCGGUGCACGCGUAACCGCCGCCCUCGCUCGAUAUACCCAUUGCGCACCCCGAGCCUGCCGCAGCAGGGCACCUCUUCACGCAAUGGACGCCGCCAACGCCUCCUCGCCCGGAUUCACCUCGGUGCUCGCCAAUGCCAAGUACGGCGGCGUCCCGAUGCCGCCCCAGCUCGACUAUGUCGUCGACGCCAUCACGACGGCUAGCCCCUGGGCUCUUCUCCUGACCAUCUUUGCCGUCUGUGUUGUUUACGACCAGAUGAGCUACAUAUUGAGCAAGGGAUCCAUCGCCGGCCCAGCUUGGAAGAUGCCCUUUAUCGGACCUUUCCUCCAGUCCAUGGACCCCAAGUUCGAGGAAUACUACGCCAAAUGGGCCAGCGGCCCCUUGAGCUGCGUCUCCGUCUUCCACAAAUUCGUCGUGAUCGCCUCCACACGAGACAUGGCUCGCAAGGUCCUCAACUCUCCCGCAUACGUCAAGCCUUGCGUCGUCGACGUUGCCCAUAAGCUUCUCGGUCACGACAACUGGGUUUUCCUCGAUGGCAAGGCUCACGUUGACUUCCGAAAGGGCCUCAACGGCUUGUUCACCCGGAAAGCACUCGAGUGCUACCUGCCUGGUCAGGAGGAGGUAUACAAGCGCUACUUCAAGAAGUUCCUCGACGUCACCAAGGCGAACGAUGGCAAGCCCAUCCCCUUCAUGCCCGAGUUCCGUGAGCUCAUGUGCGCUGUUUCGUGCCGGACCUUUGUCGGCCACUACAUCUCGGACGAAGCAGUCAAGAAGAUUGCCGACGACUACUACCUCAUCACCGCCGCCCUCGAACUCGUCAACUUCCCCAUCAUUAUCCCCUUCACCAGGACGUGGUACGGCAAGAAGGCCGCCGACAUGGUCCUGGCCGAGUUCGCAAAGUGUGCCGCCAAGAGCAAGGUUCGCAUGGCCGCGGGCGGCGACGUCAGCUGCAUCAUGGAUGGCUGGGUGUUGCAGAUGAUCAACUCGGAGCGCUGCCGCGAGGCCGAGGCCAAGGGUGAGAAGAUUGAGGGCAUGGAGAAGCCCUCGCCGAUGCUGCGCAUGUUCAACGACUACGAAAUCUCGCAGACGGUCUUCACCUUCCUCUUCGCCUCCCAAGAUGCCACGAGCAGCGCUGCCACCUGGCUCUUCCAGAUUGCUGCCCAGCGACCUGACGUUUUGGAUCGUGUGCGCGAGGAGAACCUUCAAGUUCGCAACGGGAACAUCCAUGCCGAACUGAACAUGGACCAGCUUGAAUCUCUCAAGUAUACCCGCGCCGUCGUUCGCGAGCUUCUCCGAUACCGCCCGCCUGUUCUGAUGGUUCCUUACAUGGUGAAGAAGCCGUUCCCCAUCACUGAAUCGUACACCGUACCCAAGGGCUCGAUGCUGAUCCCUACGACGUACAUGGCCCUCCACGACCCUGAUGUGUACGAGAACCCCGACCACUUCGACCCCGAGCGAUACUAUUCCGGCGACGCCGAGGUCAAGGGUGCCAGGAACUACCUCGUGUUUGGCACCGGGCCUCAUUACUGCCUCGGCCAAGUGUACGCGCAGCUAAACCUGGCUCUGUUUCUCGGAAAGGCGUCGGUGCAGCUCAACUGGACGCACCAUCCGACGCCGUUAUCCGAGGAGAUCAAGGUCUUUGCCACCAUAUUUCCCAAGGAUGAUUGCCCUCUGACUUUUGAGGAGCGCAAGUGAUUGCAUUGCCGCGGGCGUUUGGCAGGGAAUCACCUAGAUGGAAAAGACCGCAAGAUGUGGCUAUCACAUUCUUUGCACGACGCACAAGGAGACGUGUGAGGUGCGACGGGUACGACUCAAGAUGGCAGAUUAGCGUGAAGUGGAUGGUGUAUAGAGUCCCCCUGGCAACGACAAUCCGGGGGACCUGGCGCAAAUGCAUGGGAAGACUUUCAGGAAUACCUAAUUGUAAUAGCUGGGCCAACAACUAUUGUAUAUACUAGCGGUCCGUCUUGCCCGUAUUGACGGUGGCACGGCGCGAGGAAAAGUCCGCGUCGGGACGGCGAGAUUGGCCCAGACAUGGUGGAAACGACUUGGAUCGUGCUUCAAUGCGUCAACGGGGAGUUUUAGAAGCCGAGGUUGAGCUGGCCGUGCAGUGAACUCGCGUGCCUUGUGCUGGGGAGUGAGAUGUUGCUCGCAAAACUGAGCUGGCUGAAGACGGCAUACGCCGACGUAAUAUCGGAA